AAGAGUUCGUCGACAAUCCUCCACAAACGUCUGUCACCACUUUUCGUAAUGUUAAACAGCCGGAGCGUACCCCCCUGCCCUUGACUAUAGUCAAGGGAACUCGGGCGUACAUCACUUAGUAAUGCGAUUUUCAAAUUGCAGAAAUGUUGUGAUACCGAUAGUGACAACGAAGUUGCAAUCUAGUGUGGUUUCAUUUAUCAAAAACGGUCGUCGAGCAAUCCAGAUACACGUCGAUGUUCGACGCAUGAUCAUUUAGUACUCACGACUCUUUCGCUUGCUUACAUUCCAGACUUCUGCUGCAAGUCCAAAAUCAAAACAAAUCCUCGCGCGCAGCUGCACGUGUCUGUUGUGGGCAUAGUUCUUGCUGUGCCUUUCUGUCAAUAUUUUGCGGAAGUUCGCCUGUGCUCCGUCCGUCGCCGGCCAUGUUUCCGGAGGAGCAGGAGGCCAUCGAGGGCGCCGAGGUCGUCGAGGCCGAAGAGGAGGACGACUUCUUCCUCGACGUGGACGUGUUGCAGAACCACGGCAUCAACGCCGCCGACAUCAAAAAGCUGAAGACGGCCGGCAUCUGCACACUCAAGGGCAUCCAGAUGGCCACCAAGAAGAAGCUGUGCGCCAUCAAGGGUCUGAGCGAGGCCAAGGUGGACAAGGUGAAGGAGGCGUGCUGCAAGCUGCUCAACAGCGGCUUUGUGACGGCGCUGGAGUUCAGCGACAAGCGGCGCUGCGUGUUCCACAUCUCCACCGGCAGCCAGGAGCUGGACAAGCUGAUGGGCGGCGGCCUCGAGUCGAUGGCCAUCACCGAGGCGUUUGGUGAGUUCCGCACCGGCAAGACGCAGCUGUCGCACACGCUGUGCGUCACCGCCCAGCUACCCGGCGAGGGCGGCUACACGGGAGGCAAGGUGAUCUUCAUCGACACCGAGAAUACCUUCCGACCGGACCGGCUGCGGCCCAUCGCCGACCGAUUCAACCUCGACCAGAGCGCCAUGCUCGACAACGUGCUGUACGCGCGCGCCUACACCAGCGAGCACCAGUACGAGCUCAUGGACAUGGUGGCCGCCAAGCUGCAUGAAGAGGCCGGUGUGUUCAAGUUGCUGAUCGUGGACAGCAUCAUGGCGCUGUUUCGGGUGGAUUUCAGCGGUCGCGGCGAGCUGGCUGACCGGCAGCAGAAGCUGGCGCAGAUGCUCUCCCGGCUGCAGAAGAUCUCCGAGGAGUACAACGUGGCCGUCUUCCUGACCAACCAGAUGACGGCCGACCCGGGCGCGGCGCUCUCGUUCCAGGCCGACCCCAAGAAGCCGGUGGGCGGUCACAUCCUGGCGCACGCAUCCACCACGCGCAUCUCGCUGCGCAAGGGCCGCGGGGAGGUGCGCAUCGCCAAAAUCUACGACAGUCCCGACCUGCCCGAGUCGGAGGCGUCGUUCGCCAUCACGUCCGGCGGCGUCACUGACGCCAAGGAGUGAGAGGAUGGUGCGGAGAUCACCGGUCAGUGACGGGCUCCGACCUCGGGGUCGGGCAGUGUGCGCCGGGCCGGUGGUGGUUGUCUGGGGAUAGCGGAUGACGUGAAGUGGUGAUCAUAGUGACUGAGCGUACCAUGGACGACCAGCGGAAGAAUGAUGUUAACUAAGGCUUUUUGUGUUGUAGGGAUGUUUCCAGAAAGUGUUUGUGGUGUCAUUGCGAUCUCCCGAUAUCAUGCUACGUUGUUCGCCGUUACUGUUUGCCGACAUUCAGGAGCGUGCAUUUCCAUCGUGAGGUUUUUAGCUGUCAUCGUGCUGUUCCUUUUAUGUUAGAUUAUCAUUCGUUUGGUGAUGACCGUUGACUGACUGGAUAACAUUUCCCUUUUCAUAUUUCUCUCAUCAAGACCCAUUGUAUUUUGUCUGCAGUGCCUGUUUGUGUGCGAGUUGUUUCUUGUUAUUGCAUCAUUCAUUUAUCGAAUCUUCAUCCGACAUUCCGUUUGUGAGUAGGACACCGUCACAUGCAUCAUUUAUAGGCAUCGAUUCCUCAUCCUGUCUCGCCUGUAUGUCCGCUGCUGAUCAUCAACUUUUUGGAAUAGAUGCUGCUCAAAAUGUAAA